UUGUUUUCGAGACAACGAGACGCAGUUGAAAAAUAAUUCAAUAACAAAGCAUUCACAAAAAUAGAAAACAUACAAACAUGACAUCAAACACUGUAUAUGCUGGCGUUCAUGUUAAAAACAAACUGAGCGACUUUUAUCCCGUGCACAACAUUGAUAUGGAACAAAAUGUUGCGUACUUGAAAAAGAUCAUCUCGCAGCAGCUGCAGCUGCAGUUCGAUGCUACCGAACUUGAUAUAUGCUACCUGGGCAAGGUGCUCAACGACGAAUCCAAGCUGUCUAGCACAAUGAAACCGAAUGCGAUUGUCCAUUGUUUUCGCAAAAUAAAAUCGUAUACGCCAUACGAGCCGCCUGCUGCCAGCGACAUUGAUACCAAGCAUAUACAGGAGCUAUUUUCCCUAACGUCGCAUUUGCAAAUUAGCGUCACGUCCCGUUUUAAUAUAUUGCAAAAAAUACUAGCCGAAUAUCCAGAGUUUCGUCGCAAUUUGGGCGCACAGGCUCUAAUACGCGACUCGGUGCUAUUCAAUAUGCUUCACGAGCCGGAAGUGGUGCAGAAUCUGGUGCGCGAUUACCCAUUGAUAUGCGAUGCGUCUUCGUUUAUUGUCGAGACCAUACGCAAGGAAUUGGCGCGCAAUAGUUCCGCCACGCAAUUUCAGGAACAGGCUGCCUCAGAGUCGACGACCUCGUCGGAGGAGGAGAACUCCUUGGGCGCCGGCAGCAGCAGCAGUGGUGGUAGCAGCAGCACUGCAGCCGCCAACUUGGCUGCCAAUCGUCGCGAUGAGAUGGCCAACAUACGCCAGAUCAGUCGCCAGCAGCUGGCUAUUGCAUUGGCGCGUGUUGACAUGAGCUCUGUCAACUCGCUGUCGAACAUAGCGGAGCGCCAAGGGGGCGAGGCACUCGGCGAUGAGCGACCACGCAGCAGCACUGCAGCUACAACUAGUGUCACUGGACCUGGUGCUGCUGCUGCAGUAGCUGCACCUACAAUCUCCUCGGAGCUAUUGCGCAAUGAGGUGGCGCGUGCUUUACAAUCGUUACAGCAGCAGGCACCGCCGCCAUCAUCAUCAGCAUCAGCUGUCGAAAGCAUGGACAUCGAGUCAGCUUUGGAUACAGUGUCCAGAGAUGCUGUUGUCGAUGAGCACGACGAUGAUGAAGAUGGUGUUGCUGGCGAUGAUAGCGAUGUGCUGCCCCGCCGCUAUCGCCGACAUCGCUUCACCGAACAGCUGCGCACAAUGGCUGCCAUGGGCUUUAUUAAUCAUACCCAAAAUGUUAACUACUUGACGUUGGCCGAUGGCAAUGUGGAGCACGCCAUUAACCUGCUAAUGGGCAUGAUUUGAACGGCUUGAAACGGUUUAGCACUUAGCGAUUGUAUUUAUUCUGCUGCUGGUGAUGCCAGCUAUUAUAUAAAUAUAUGCAUAUAUAUAUAUAUAUAUUCAUACACGUAUAUAUAUAUAUAUAUAUACUUAUGUACACUUAAGCGAUUUAGCAUUAUGUUUUAAUAGUUGCGUAUUCAGCCAUAUAUAUAUAUGCAAUCUCAAAUAUCUCCAAGUAUUCAUACAAAUCCGAAAUAAAAAUAUUACGUUCGUUUACAUAACGAGAGGAGUGCGUGUAUUGGCUUGAAGCGCCAAGGCGACCACGUAUAAUACAAAA